AUGCAUCGAAUAACUCUCCCAUCCGAAGAACCAAUAUGUACGCUGGGUUCAGAGAGUGACUGUGAGCGAGCUCUGCUUCAAUAUCACCGAACAAAAGCACACUAUCUCCGAGAGCAGAGGAAGCCUCUCCACCAACAACUUAUGAAUCUGGGCGAUCUGACGUCGUAUUCCGCGUUGAGGGAUCGAGAAGGAGGCGGAAUGGGAGUUGUGGUUGGAGUUCCCGGCUACGAUCCGCUCUAUGUUGGAGGCGCCCUGGAUCAGAAUAAGGACAGCAAUCUUGCAAUCCAAUUUUCUCCUCCACAGUGA